CCCUAGUUGUGUUUGGUAAAGAUCGUCACGGCACAUAGUCGCAUCCAGCAUGGCUAGACGGUUACCUCCUCUCCCCACUAUUGCAGACAUUAUCAGACUCUAUGGACUCUCUGCACGCUCCCAGCUCAGUCAGAACUUCCUACUCGACCUUAACAUCACUGAGCGUUUGGUUCGAGUGGCAGGUGGUGACCUGUCGUCAUGCUGUGUGUGUGAGGUGGGCCCCGGCCCCGGGUCUCUGACACGCUCCAUCCUCAACGCUGGUGCUGCACAUCUCAUUGCAGUGGAGAGGGACAGACGAUUUUUACCUUCAUUGGAGUACGACACUGGACAAUGUUUACCAGCUUUUAAACUGUACUCUACUGUGCAGCUGUUAAGUGAGGCAAGUGAGGAUCGCCUCAAAGUGGUGUAUGGAGAUGCUCUGGACUUCAACAUUGAGGAGAGCUGUGCAUCGUUUGUGGAGGGCAAGUCCUGGGAGGGGGAUCCGCCUAAUUUCCAUCUAAUGGGUAACCUACCUUUCAACGUGUCCAUCCCUCUCCUCCUGAAGUGGCUCUCUCUAAUGGCCACCAGAACAGGUCCCUUCAGCCUCGGUCGCACACAACUCACACUCACCUUCCAGAAAGAAGUCGCAGAGAGGAUCAUGGCUCCACCCAACGACCCCCAGCGAAGCAGACUCUCUGUGAUGACCCAACACCUCUGUCACGUCAAGUGGGGCUUCAAGAUUCGUGGGAAAGCGUUCACACCACCACCAAAGGUGGAUGCGGUGGUGUUGAAGCUGACCCCCCUAGUGACUCCUCGGAUAACUGUCGACUACUCCACUCUAGAGAAGGUGGUCAAAGCUCUCUUCCAGUAUCGACGCAAGUACAUUAGGAGGGGAGCAACGUUGCUAUUCCCGGAGGAGAAGGGUGGUCAGACCAAGGCACAGAGAGAGGGGCUAGUGGAGGAGUUGUUUAGACUCAGUGGUGUGGAGGAGACACUGAGACCACAGGCACUCACUAUAGAGCAGUUUGGGGCACUGACUUCAGCUUAUAGUCAGCUAGUGAACACUGACAAUGUAGCAUCAUUAUGACACUGCAUGUGCAUGCAGCACACGUCAUCAUGCAUCUGAAUUACAAUGCAAAUUAUCAAAACUGCAAAUCGGAUUGAGAUAAUAAUACCA